AUCUCAUCUCAUCACUAACAAUGACUGUUUCCUCAAUUCUCCCUAUGAACGAAUCUGAAAUUCAAGACUUGAAGGCCCGUUUUGAAGCCAAUGGCCAAGGACACGUCUUUCAAUUCUUUGAUAACCUUGAAAUUGAACAGCAAGCUCAACUCCUUAAGCAACUCUCGGAACUCGACGUAGAACGUUUAAAUCAAAUCUACAAAAAGGCUGUUGAAGGUGCUGAAGCUGCCCUUUUGGACAAAGAGACUAAAUUUGAACCUUUGCCUGAUACCGUCUUUGAAUCUGUCUCCAAGGCUUCUCCUAAACAAAUCCGUGAAUGGGAAACUAUUGGUCUCACUCAAAUUGCUCAUGGUAAGGUUGCUGUUAUCCUUAUGGCUGGUGGCCAAGGUACCCGUUUAGGCUCUUCAGAUCCUAAGGGCUGUUAUAACAUUAACUUACCCUCUAAGAAGUCCUUGUUCCAACUCCAAGCUGAACGUAUUUUGCGUCUUCAAGAUAUUGCUCGUCAAUACACAAAGCCUGGUAAGGAUGUCAUUAUUCCUUGGUACAUCAUGACUUCUGGCCCCACACACGCCCCUACCUAUAACUUCUUUGAAAGUAACAACUUUUUCGGUUUGAAGAAGGAAAACGUCAUCUUUUUUGAACAAGGCACUCUUCCUUGUUUGACCAUGGAAGGUAAGAUCAUUUUAGAAGCAAAGAAUAAGGUGGCUAUGGCUCCUGAUGGCAACGGUGGUAUCUAUGCUGCUGUUCAAAAUAAGGGCGUGAUUGCCUCAUUAAAAGAACGCGGUAUCCUUUACUCUCACUGUUACUGUGUCGACAACUGUCUUGCUCGUGUUGCUGAUCCCGUAUUCAUUGGUUACUCUGUCGCUAAGGGAACCGACUGUGGUGUCAAGACAGUCAGCAAGGCUGCACCCGAAGAACCUGUAGGUGUUGUUUGCGUUCGUGAUGGUAAAUAUAGUGUUGUUGAAUACUCUGAAAUCUCUCAAGAACUCUCUGAAAAGCGUGAAGAAGACGGAUCUCUUGCCUUUGGUGCUGCUAACAUUGCUAACCACUUCUUCUCUACCGAGUUCUUGGAACGUGUGCCCUCUUUUGCUGCUGAACUUGAAUACCACAUUGCAAAGAAGAAGAUCAAGUAUGUCGACCUCGAAACUGGCGAAGUCAUUGCUCCUAAAUCUAACAGUGGUAUGAAGCUUGAAUGCUUCGUCUUCGAUGUCUUCCCUUACGCCCAACACUUCUCUGUCCUUGAAGUUGAUCGUAAGGAUGAAUUCUCUCCUCUUAAGAAUGCUCCUGGAACAGGUGCUGAUUGUCCCGAAACAUCAAGAAGAGACAUUGUCGCACAACAUGUGCGCUUUAUUGAAGCAGCAGGCGGCAAGGUCGUUGGUGAACACGAAGGUGACUUUGAAAAGCUCGAAUUCGAAUUGUCCUCCUGGGUUUCUUAUGCCGGUGAAGGCCUUGUAGAAUACGUUUCUGGAAAGACAAUCACUACUCCUGCCAUUAUUGAAACCAAAGAAGACUUGAUUCGUCUUGCUCAUUAGAUAAAUUACAUUCCUAUAGACAUUCACAUCCCCCUUUUUUUGUACAGAAAAAUUUCUCUUGGAAGUUGUUUUUUUGGUCGUUUUUCUUUAUACCUCUUUUUCAUCUCAAUUCAAUAAAGUAAAUCGCUCAUUUACCCAUGA